AUGGGGUCAGCUUCCAACCGGCGAGCCCCUGGGCUGCUGUGUUUCAGGCGCUGGCUGCCUGCAGCCCUGGGCAUGCUCCUGGCGUGGAUGCCCUCGGCUGCCCACGACUUGGCCGGUUCGAGACCCAACGUGGUGCUCCUGAUGGCGGACGACCUCGGCAUCGGCGACAUCGGCUGCUACGGAAACCGCACCGUCAGCUGCAGACUCACGGCCGGCUUCUCAUGCCCGUGCAACCCUCUGCCCACAGGCAUGGUGUCCUCUAAAGGCAACCGAGUCCUGCUGUGGACAGCGGCCUCCGGGGGCCUCCCCGCCAACGAGACCACUUUCGCCAAAAUACUUCGAGACGAGGGCUACGCCACUGGCUUAAUAGGUAAGUUCCUGGCGUUUUCCGCGCUGGAAGGUGUGGCUGAAGGGUUCCGGUUCGAACCUUUUCCUUACUGGCUGAGCGCUUCAGCGCUGCGCCACCAGCGCGCGCUCCGUGCAAAGAGCGCUGUGCCCUCGCUGCUGCUUAGGGCACAGCGUCGCCUACUCCGUGUGGCGUUCCCGCCUGCUCGGGUCGGCUGCCGGGUCCCGCGUCGGGGACCUGUUGUGAACAGCACCCACCCCUCCCCGGGGUUUGUGCACCUGUUGUCCCUUUGCAGGAACAAGCAAGGGCCCUUCCUGCUGUUCGUGUCCUUCCUGCACGCUCACCUUCCCUUGGUGACCACGGAGCGGUUCCGGGGGAGGAGCGCCCACGGGCUCUACGGGGACAACGUGGAGGAGAUGGACUGGAUGGUGGGCCGGAUCCUGGACGCGCUGGACGCGGAGGGCGUGGCCAACGGCACGCUGGUUUACGUGACGUCGGACCACGGCGGCUGGCUGGAGGCGCGCCUCGCGCGGGAGCAGCGCGGCGGCUGGAACGGGAUCUACAAAGGUGGCAAAGGCAUGGCUGGCUGGGAAGGGGGCAUCCGCGUGCCCGGCAUCUUCCGCUGGCCCGGGGUGCUGCCCGCCGGCCGCGUGAUCCACGAGCCCACCAGCCUGAUGGACAUCUUCCCCACGGUGGUCCAGCUGGCGGGCGGUCAGGUGCCCCAGGACAGGGUGCUGGAUGGCCGGGACCUCAUGCCUCUGCUGCGGGGGGACGCGGCGCACUCGGAGCACGAGUUUCUGAUGCAUUACUGCGAGCACGUCCUGCACGCCGCCCGCUGGCACCAGAGGAGCCGAGGUGCCCUCUGGAAGGUCCACUUUGUGACGCCCAACUUCCACCCGGAGGGCGCCGGCGCCUGCUACGACCGAGCGGUGUGUCCCUGCUCCCCGCCGGGGGUCACCCGGCACGACCCGCCCCUGCUCUUCGACCUGUCUCGAGACCCCGCGGAGGCCCGGGCCCUCACGCCGGCCACCGAGCCCUCCUUCCGGCGGGUGGUGGAGCGCGUGGCCCAGGCGGUGCGGGAGCACCAGCGGACGCUCAGCCCGGUCCCCCUGCAGCUGGACGGGACGAGCAACGUGUGGAAGCCCUGGCUGCAGCCCUGCUGCGGCCUCUUCCCCUUCUGCCGCUGCCCCGGCCCCGAGCACCCGCAGUGACGGCCGCCCCUACUCCGCAAAGCCUGCAGAAGCCAAGCCCCCCCUGACCAAAGUCCACUGCCAAGGAGACCCGUCUCACCCUGGACGGCGGGACAACGGCCCCCGGGAUUCCCAGCCCGAGCAACGGUCACUGGGAGGGCAGUGGGUUCCCUGGGCAGCCUCGCCGGUCACCGCUGAGCGCUUUAAGCGCAGCGCCACCGGGGAAGCUCUCUUUUCUUUUGGGUCAGUCAUGUCCUCGCGGUUCCUCCGGUAGCGUUUCCUUCCUACCUGAGCCCUUGGAACCAGCUCCCUCCUCCCUCCUCCACCCUCGUGAACCCCUAAUAAGUUAUCAGUUCUUA